AUGGAACAUAAGCGUAGGCCGCACUCAUCAUAUUCAGCAGCAUCUCAUAAAAGCUCACAAAACCACGAAUCUAACGCAGAUCAACUCCAACGCCAACUAGAAGUUUUUACAUUUCAACUCGAAAAAGAAAAACGCCAAUCAUCUGUUCUUGAUGGCCGUAUACGCAUCACUGCUGAAGAUUUAUCAAAGCCUGGCCUUCCAGUCCGUUCGUCCACUCCAAUGCCAAUGUCCUCAGUAGGUAUAACUCGUGAAAUAAAAAAACUCGAAAAACAAUUGCAGUUAGAGACAAAAUAUCUGAAUGAAACCCAAACUGAAAAUGAAAAUCUAAAAGGAGAAAUCAACGUUCUAAGGCGUGAAAGAAUCUUAUACAAAGAUAUGUUUAAAAGGCUUCAAAACGAUAUUUCAUUUUCCUCUGUAAAAGCUGGAGAGCUGCAUGAAGAAGUUGGAGAGAAUUCAUUUUACCAAGAAGCAGUUCAAAAAAGAGCUAUAAGAAUUCGUGCUCAGAGUGCCAAUAUAAAGAGCAAGUACAUUAGCAGGAUGGAAGAGCUCAGCGAAGCCAUCAAGGAGAAAAAAAAUCAGAAAAAAGAUUAUGAAAUGGAACUAGAAGAGAGACUCAAGCAAAGCGCAAAUAUCGCGAACGAUAUGGCAGUGUCUAAUGCAGUGCUAAAAAAGACAGAAAAUAUUUGAAAAGAGAAAUGCAAAGAAAAGAGAAAAGCCCUUGAUCAGUAUUUAAGAAGAAUUAAAACAAUGAAAAGUGGAUUUUUUGAAAUUCGGUUAGCAACAGGAUAUGAUAGCUACGACGACGUAGUCACUGUUUUUAUUAAAAGUGAAGAGCAGCAGCACGAAAUGCUUUCGAACUUGACAAAUCUUAACUCAGAAAUCGAGUUUCUUGAAGAAGUCUGUAACAGGCUUAAUAAAGAAAUUCAGUCAAACAACGAGAAUAAAACAGGGCAUGAGCAGAUUUUGAAGGAUCAAAUGUUAAGGGUCCAGAACGAAAACAAAAAUCUGCAAGAAAGAAGCAAAAUUGAAUAUGAAAAAUCAAUAUGCAUAGAAAGCUCAGUGUUAGCAUUAUCCACAUAUAUUAAAAUGAUCCAUGAGCUCUUAGUUUCAGCGAGCUUAAACACAAGACUAGAGAAGCCACCCAAUAUCAAGGAUGAGACUGACAUAGAAAAUAUUCAGGAUCACUUAGGUUUACUAGAAGAUUUAAUCACCCAGCUUACAGUCUGCAAUUCUUUUCUUCGCGAAGAAGCAUCCCCUGCCUUAAAAGCGGUCCCAGUCCAUUCUUUACCUCCUAAGGAAUUCGAUAUCCCACCUGUUUCUUUGCUAGCUAACCAAUUUGCUUAUCUUGAAGAAAAAGAAGAGACAACCCAAGAAGAAUUUUCAACCCCAUUGAAACGUAAAGACUUCAUUAAUAAAGCCCUCAAAAUCAUGAAGGAAGAAAUCGACUGGUCAAGUUAUUCGCCAAAACCAGUAUCCGCAGAAGGAAAAAAUAAACCUAAAUUACAUGUAUAA